GACUACUACGGCUUCGGCUCGCGCAGCGCGCGUUGGACCAUCAACCUGCUCAUAGGUGUGGUCUUCGGGACCCUGAACCCAACCAUCCCGAUCCUGGCCCUGGUCAACUUCCUCAUCUGCCGCACUGUGUAUGGGUAUCUCAUCGUUGCAGCAGAGACCAAGAAGCCAGACUUGGGAGGGAACUUUUGGGUCAAAAACCUGAACCAUGUGCUGCAAGGGGCCAUUCUGUACACAAUCCUCAUGACCGGCAUUCUGUUGGAACGGGCCCCGAAUUUCAUUCCUGGCGCUGUCAGCGUUACCUGCCUGCUGUACCUCGCGCGAUCGUACUGGUACUUCGAGAAGCAUUACCGCUGGCAG